GCUAGACAAGUUGUGCAUCCACCAGACAGACGAGAACUUGAAGAAGCAGCAACUCCUUGCCCUGCCGGUCUUUGUGUCCAGGUCCUCCAGGAUGCUGGUGCUUUGGGAUGAAACCUACUUUGAACGUCUUUGGUGUCAGGUGGAGUUGGCCACAUUCAUCAGGCGUGGGGAUCAGCACGGGCUGGACUUCCAGCCCUUGUGGCUCGCGCCGUGGCUGGUCAACUGCAUUUGCUUGGAGCUAUUGAGUGCGGUAGUGGCGGAGUUGUGCGAGAUCUUGAGCCCGACGGCCUCAAACACCGGCGAAGUUCGAGACAUGUUCAGUGGGAUUUUCGGAGACACGCGUAGAACUAUCACAUUCUGCGUUUACUGCUUUGAAUGGCUCGUUUCCUCCGCUAUCAUCUACUUGCCGAUGAUGAUCCCUUGCUUCUAUUCCUUCUGGCGAAAGCUCCAGCAGCACGAGCACAUGCUGCUUCAGAUGGCAAACUUCAACAUACGAGAAGCAAAGUGCUCCUUGAUGCAUGAUCGAGUUCUUCUAGAACAACAAGUGGAGGAGAUGCUUGGGAAUACGCAUCACACACCAGCUGAGUUGGUGACAAUCAAUGUUGAUGAGCCAAAUUCCGACAGCGCAGCAGCUGCUCAUGAUCAUGGAGUGGAUCAGCCGAUGACCCAUGUGGUGAUGCCACGGGAGCUGGGUGGAAGCAGAGAUGCGCUGGAUAGCUUCAACGCUUAUGUCAGGGGCCCGUUGCACGAUGUAGUCCUUGCGCAGAUUGGCACCGAGCACUACGUACCUUGGCACUUUUGCAUGGUCGCUCUCUUGCCGGAUGUAUUCUAUUCAGCAGUGAACAUUCUUGGCUGCGACAAUGGUCUUUGUCAGAAGUCCGCAAGUGAGGCUGGUUUCACCUCGGUCGCCCAAUACAUGGUCACACAAGCUCUAGCUUGGCUCGUUUGCUUGCUGUUCUCGAUCCCUUUGGCAUAUCCAAUCCUUCUGCGUAUGAUCAAGUUGACUAUAAAGAUCAGCAAUGGGCCGUUGCAAAGCUUGGUGGUCAUGCUGUGCUGCCCCGUGGCGUACGCUGUCUCGAACACCUGCAGCGGCAUUGUGUGGGGAUGCCUUUACUUGCUUGCCAUGGACUACUCGCCGGUUUGGUUUGCUGGAUUCUUGAUGUUUCUCAGUGGGCUCGUUCUAACUUUCUUUCUGCACUUCCUGAAGCACGAGAGUCAGACAGUCUCCUGCCGGUGUCUCACGCGCCAGGUAGAUCCCUCUGUGCCAUUGAUGCCCGAACGGGCUUGCUUGCUGUAG